UCUCGCUGUGUCUCUGUCAAAUAAAUAAAUAAAAUCUUAAAAAAAAAAAAAUAAGGGAUACUACUCAAAACCUGACAAGGUCCUUAAGCCGUUGUAACAGAAAGUGUUAGCUUUCUGGAAUGUUCUAAUACUUUUUCGGAGGUCAAGUUCUAGUUUUUGAAAGAUGUAUUUACCUCAGUGGCCUCCAGGGAGGGUCCCUCAGAUUGCAGAGACUUUGUAAGAUGACUUACAAGUAUAGGAGAAGAAAAUAUCAAAGCCCUUGUUGGUGUUUAUUUCUAUUUUGAGGUAUGUUUUAUAAUGUGCACAUAAUUGUGUAGUGGUCCUGAUAUCUGUCUAUGUGUGCCCAGGUACCAACGUACAAUUUACAGAUAUACAUUGUAUGUGGGGAGGUCUUACUGAUGGGACAUCCAACCAAAAGGUGUAAAAACCAUUGAAAUUGUUGGCAGGAGGUUAAAUUGUCAUUAAAAAAUAGAGGGUUUUUUUUUUUUUUUAAGAACUCUAUCAGAGUAUAAUGUAUGCAUAGAUUUUUGCAGCUACCUUUUAUGUAUAGAAGUUCAUAGAUAAUGAACAGGGAAGCUCCAUGUCCCCCCUCCAUCUUUAACCCUGUCACAGUAGGCAGUGGCUUGAGGAGGUUUGGGGUUUAGCAUCUAGUAAUAUUCUUCUGCUGCUUGUGGUUGUGAUCUACGCAAGCACCAUCACCAUCUAUUUGGUUUUGCUGUGCUAGAAAAACACGUAUCCGCACCCUGUACCCUUCUCCACUUUCCUUUCUUGCCUUGUUCUAGGAGCAUGACGCUAAGUGUCUCUGGGUUACCUCUGUCAUUUUGUGUGUGUGUGGGGGGGGUGGUGGCUAAAAAAACACAUGACCUAAGAUUCACCAUCUUAACUCUUUUUAAGGGCACAGUUCACUAGUGUUCAGUGUAUUCACAGUGGUGAAUUACAGUGUACAUUUAUAGCGUUACAUUGUUGUAAGAAUAGAUCUCCAGAACUUUUUCAUCUUGGGAAGCUGAAACUCUGUCCCCAUUCCCCCUUCCCUUUCAAUUCCACCAACGUGACUAACUUAGAUACCUCCUAGAAGUAGAAUAUCCACAGUAUUUGCCUUUUUGUGACUGCUUACCUCUGUCAUUUUAAAUAAUAGAUUUAAGCUUAAAUUUCUCUUUCUUGUUCCAUCCACUCCAGAUAGUUUCUCUCUCCUGCCUCUCUUCUGUUUUUCUUCUUUCCAUCUCUCUCCCUCCUUCUCUUUCCUUCCUCUUUCUCCCUCCCUUUCUCCUCUUCCCUGCAAUUAUAGCCUCCUUAUUAUAUAAGGUCCAAAGGGAAGAUGGGAAACCAGAAUGGGACACCUCUUUAAAAUCUCCAUAAAGCAGCACUCGUCAGCCUCAUUUAGCAAGUGUCAUCUUUCAUGUGUAAAUGGAAAAUAAACAAAAAGGAGCCCCCGCCUGUGAGCAGCCCCGGGAGCCCCGGGCGGGGAGCACGGGGGGCGGCAUCUGCGGGCGGGCAGGGCGGGGUGGGACGCCGGCUUCCUCUGCCUUCGCAGGGAGCACCAUCAUGUACGGGGCCCUGCUGCUGUUUGAGUCGGAGUUUGUGCACAUCGUGGCGAUCUCCUUCACGUCGCUGAUCCUCACUGAGCUGCUGAUGGUGGCCCUGACGAUCCAGACGUGGCAUUGGCUCAUGACAGUGGCCGAGCUGCUCAGUCUGGCCUGCUACAUCGCCUCCCUGGUGUUCCUACAUGAAUUCAUCGAUGUGUACUUCAUCGCCACUUUGUCGUUCUUGUGGAAGGUCUCCGUUAUCACUCUGGUCAGCUGUCUGCCCCUGUACGUUCUCAAGUACCUGCGGAGAAGGUUCUCCCCGCCCAGCUACUCGAAGCUCACAUCGUAGGCGUGCGCUGGCCCGGGGCGCGGUGGCCUCUGCGCUCUCCUCGCGGGCAGAGUUCAAGUUGCGUUGUUGUUAACCGCCACCUGUGGAUCUUGCAGUAAUCGCUAACGUGCAGUUCUGACGUGAAAAGGCUCUGCACGGAGUCCUGACGCUGAAUGAUCGGGGAGGUUCCUGGAAGGGGCCCACGCGGGCCUGCUCGGGCCCCUGGCGGUUUGGCCCGGGGUGAAUGUACAUAUGUUAAAGCUGGUGGCUCGGCUAACAGAUUUAUACAUGGGUCACUGUGCAAGCUUCCUAUGACUUGAAUUUUGUUGUCAUGUGAUAAAAGUUUGUCUAAUUGACGAUUGUAGAGGGGUUUUUGUUUUAAACCAUCCUAAUGUGUGUGUACUCUUUACAUCUUUCUCACUCUUAAAAACCAGUUGUUUCAGAGAAAUGUAAAAGCUCUUGGUAUAGGUUUGUGGAAAAAGACCGUGACUUUGGUACAAAGUUAUGGAGACGGCAAUCUCAAGGUGGCAAUGCGGAAUAUCCUGUCCGAGGUAGCGCUGAUCACUGAGGCCGCACCGGCUUCCUAGAAUGUCACAAAGCAAAUGGGAGGAGAGAGCGUGAGAGAACGAGCCGUAAAUCCAGUCUGGUCUCCUCCCUCGGACUCAGCAUCUCCAGCGCUUGACUUAGCUUCACCUGCCACCUCAUAAAAGAAUUUCAAAAGUGUUAUCCUGCUUUGUUCGGACCUGGUAACAAUUAUCAAGCCUGUAGCCGGCUGAGGACACCCUCAGAUGUUUUCAGCAGAGUUGUUGUAGCAGGAAACGUGCCACUGAACAGCUCCCAAACGUGUCGACAGAGUGAUAAGAGACUCAACUAAUUCUUUAGACAACGCUGCAUGUGUGGCCGGGCCCCUCCGAGUCCGAGUGCAAGGUCAGGGAUGGGGGCUCUCGGCUUCCACACAAGUCUGUUCCCCAUCAGGAGGCCGAAUGACAAAGGCAGAGGCGUCUCACGUGUUGCCGCGCAUCGUUCGGCGGUGGCCGCCCCGGUGGGAGGAGGCCCGGGCUCCGUCGUGCUGCCUACAGCUUUCAAGGGGAGCUUGCUGGAAGGCAGGUGGUGGCAGAGAUCCCUCCCCCACAGGGACAGAGUACACGCAUGUGUGUUUCUCAUAAAGCUGUGGCUUCUCGCUUCAGAGGAGGAAGGCGGUGUGCAAGGCCUGCACGGGGCGGGGCAGGGCAUUCGUUCUUGGGUUUUCAAGUCGCUCGGCGCCGCAGCCGCGUAGCAUGGCACCAGGGUUCGGCUGGUAGACCUUCCAGAGCUGACCGUGCUCGAGAUCGUGGACUUGGAUUAAUUCCUUCCGCCCUCCUGCCUGUGUGUGCUUCAGGGCUCCGAGCCCGGCCUGGUGGCGGCGCCCACUACCCUCUGGGCAGCCGGUUCUGGGGGAGUUGGGGGCGGGAGGAACAGGCGGUGGUCCCCUUGCCUGGGGAGCCCUCUCGAUAUGCUCGUGUGUUUAUGUUGCCCGUUUAAAACUUCGUAAAAUGGCCGUAGUUUCGGGCCCUGGGAAGCUGGCUGUAGACGUGGCUUCGGUGUUAAGAUUGUGCAUUUCUGCGGUCACGUUUGCCUUCCCGUGCCGCCCGUUCCUGCCACGCAGAAAAGACCUACAGAGAAUAUAGGUUGCAGUGAAUGAAUGGUUUAUUUAGGAAUAGGGCCUUGGUCCCAAACUCUCAGGAAGAUCAAACACGCCUGACGUCUUCCUGAGUGACGUUACGGAGUUUCAUAGGGGAGGGGAGCGUGGGGCUGAGAGUUUCACACUUCUGACCUGUGUUUUUUGAAGUCCGAUUAUAAGUGUCAAGUCGUUCCGUUCUGAGUUUGCAGGCCCUGAAACUGGCCUUCUUCACAGACAGGUGAUGGCUCCUGAGGUGGGGUUGUAGAACCAUUGCUAGGAAAUUUUAGACGUUCCCAGCAGAUAGAGGGAGAUGGUCUGUCUGGUUUCUUCCCUCCAGUCCCAAGUUUGAUCCGGGUGUGUGAGCUGACUUUUGAAGUCAACACCUGAGAUACUGCUUGCCAUCUCCAAGGAAGGAAGCUUCUCAGAGAGGCUGAAGAAGUCCCCCUGCCCCCCGGAAGUUGAAGGAUGCUUGUCCGUACCAUUGCAAACCUUUUUGCCUUGUCUCGGCCACACUCUGGUAGGCAGUCAAGGGCCAGAGGGACCGAAACCCAAGUGGAGCCCAGACCACCAUGCCGUGGAGCGGCCCCAUUAGUGGGCAGCCCGUUCAUACCCCCUGCCGGGGAGGCCUCGAAUGUCCAGGAACACGUGUGCUUCUCAAAGUUGGAGCCCCAAAGAGCAGGAGCCUCACCUGCACACGUCAGACUCAUCCCAGCAGAGAAAAGUGGUGCACACACGGGUUAUCUUAGUUAUGGGGGAAGACAAACACCCGAGCUGCUUUAUAGGCAACUCCUGAGUUCAUAAACCGUAAGCAUAAGGAUUCUGUUGACCAUUUCCUUGGUUUACCAAUCUGGAAAGAAUUUAGGAAGCACCACUGACCCCUUCCCCUCUUUUUGAACCUCAGUGGGACCUAAGUCUCUGACAGCUGAUUUAAUUCGAGGCUGGAGGCCGCACGGCAUGCAAUCAGUGCUGUUCAAACAUUUCUCCUUAAAGUAAAAAUUACAACCCCCCCCCCCGACACCACUACCCAUUUCUGUCACAGCUCAUAUGUUUUAUGAUGAUUUUUAUUCGAUCUUUCGGUGAUGGUUGUGUGUGCGUGAGGACAAUGGGAUCUGUUUGUGGUUUCUCCUUUUCCCCUCCUUCCUUCCUCUAAGAAAAUGACCAGAUGGAGCUUCUCCGGCUUCAGUAAUUUCUGGCGCCUGACGGUGUUGGCCCUGGUUUGGUGCCUGGCGAGCACAGGUGUGAGUCGCCCGCGCUGACGGAGGCUGCUCGGGGCGGCGGACUCCCGACACGGAGCCACAGAGGCCAUCCCCGGGAGCGUCCUGACACCGGAGCAGACCACCUGUUCGCAGCCGCUGGGAGCGGGGAGACCAAGAGCCGGGGUGUCUCCCACUGUUGCGGUUAUUCUCUCCAGGUCUCGGGCCUGCUUCCCUUAGUAAGAGAAGCCCUUCCGUGUCGCAGUAAUCUUGAAUACCAGUGUCUGCUGACCCUUCCCUUAGUGUGUUCUCUGCUGAAAGUUUAGGUUACACUGACAACUUUUGAAUGUAUUUUGAGUUUUGUGCUCAUUGGAAAUUGACACGAUAAUGCCUCUUCUUUCUCUGGACUUUUGCUUUUAUACUUUGUUUUGUUUUUACUGGGGUGGGGAUGGGAACGCCCUCAUGCCUUUAUGGGGCAGCAUUUUAAACCUUUGCCAAAAUUUGCCGAUGGGACCUACAUGUGCUUCCACUCCAUCCUAUUGAAGGCAAACACCUGUCAGCUGUUUUAUCUUUAAUCUGUGUGUGUUUAAGUGUGGGUGUGUGUAUGUGAGUGUGUCACCUCCAAUUUUUUGAUGAGAUACUUGGUUUGCAUUUAAAUCCCGUUACUCCCAGCUUUGUUUUCAUUAAAAAGCAUACAAGGAGCUUUGUAAAUACAACCGAUUUUAUCUCUCCUCCCUUCCUUUAAUGUAAAGCCUUUUGUCAUGUAUACUUACAGGGAAAUAUUUCCACUAAUGAUGUUCAUUUCGUCUUGGAAAAGUAUUAUGUUUUUGAAUGGAACGGAGAGGCACACCACGGCGUGAGCAGCGCCCCGAAGACCUUGAGCUCCACGGCACCUGCUCACGCCCCAGCAGCUUUACCUGCGGAUCCGUCCUGGUCACCCCAUGGUCAGAGGUGCCAUCCGUUCACAUCACUGGGCAACGUCAGUGAAUCCUGUGUUUGUUGGGGGGGGGCAGGUGGGGUGGGGGGGUGCACAAAAAAAGUUGUGGCUAAUUUAUGAUUUUGUUGCAAUGGGGCUAACUAUAAACUCUCCUAGGAGUCCACGGCUGCCCUGUUAGUAGGUCUGUACGGGUGAUCGCCUUGCAGAUACUCACCAGGACAGCGUUUUGUCAUUAGAGGGAAGCCUGGUACAGGAUGCUUUAAUUUAGCGGGGACUCCCAGAUGAUUUAAAUUCUCGAUCCUGUGAUGAUACACAUGUGAUCCUGCGUGUUUCUGAGCGGUUCUCCUUUCAUGGUCUGCCAGCCUGGCCCGUCGCUGUUGCCCAAUAAAGCUUGUGUACUUUA